AUGCCUGUACCCAUGACUGUACCCGUGCCUGUUCCCAUGCUUCUUUCCAUGCCUACUCCCAUCUCUUCAUCCAUCCCCAUACCUCCCCUCAUGUCCACUCCUCUUUCCUCGUCAUCCCUCCUCUCUGCUCCAUCCCAGCUUGUCUCAUCCGUUCCCUCUUCAUCCUCUCUGAUUGCACCACCUUCGAGGCGCCUAAAACAUGUUCCCAUGCUUCUUCCCAUGCCUACUCCCAUCUCUUCAUCCAUCCCCAUACUGCCCCUCAUGGCCACUCUUCUUUCCUCGUCAUCCCUCCUCUCUUCUCCAUCCCAUCUUGUCUCAUCCCUUCUCUCUCCAUCCUCUCUGGAAGCACCAAUUUUGAGGCGCCUCAGAAGUGUUCUCAUGCUUCUUCCCAUGCCUGUCUCAUCCCUUCUCUCUUCAUCCUCUCUGAUGGUACCACUACCCUCUAUAUGCUCUGGCCUGAUUUCCGCUCCCCUAUUUUUUUUCCUCCCUCUCCCCUCCCUUUUCCUCUCUUCCCCUUCCCUUUUCCUCCCUUCCCCCUCUUUUAUGCUGCCUUCCCUCUCCCUUAUCCUCCCUUCUCCCACCCGUCUCCUCCCCUCUCCUUCCCCUUCCCUUAUUCUCCCACCCUCUUCCCCACCCCCUGCCCAUAUCCUUCCCUCUCCUGCGCUUAGCCCAUCUCCCCUUUGGGUUAUACAGUCUUUCCAACGCCUGCUGAUGUGGCAACGACAGGUGAUGACGCGGCCUGGCGUGUGUCAAGGAGAGGGAAAGCAGUUGGAAGAGGGGGAGGGGGAAAGGGUGGAGGACGGGGGGGGGGAGGAGGAGGAGGGGGAGGAGGAGGAGGAGGAGGAGGAGGAGGAGGAGGAGGAGGAGGAGGAGGAGGAGGAGGAGGAGGUGGUGGUGGAGGAGGAGGAGGAGAUGGAGGAGGCUGGCUGA